AUGGAGGGCAAAGUCUUCGUCUUCCCCCAUGAAGCCAACACAUCUCAUGUCAUUCUAAGACCUACAAUCACAAAGCCAUUGCAGGAAGUCAGCGUCUGUCUACGCUCCUAUUCAGAUCUUUCACGCUCCUAUACGGUCUUCUCUCUUGCUACUCCCGUCCCGGGAAGGACAACGCCUUUUUUCAUCUACUUACAGCCCCCAAACACUUGUUCUGUACACAUCAACCAGGAAGACACUUAUUUUAGGACAGACUCGGAGUCUUUGGACUGGAGGCACAUCUGUGUGACCUGGGACUCCAACACUGGAGUGGUCCAACUUUGGGUCAAUGGGAAACUCUACCCCAGAAGAGUCUCCAUGAAAGGGUCUUCUAUUGCAGCUGAGACCAGCAUUGUCCUGGGACAGGAACAAGACUCUUUUGGAGGAGGGUUUGAUGCUUCUCAGUCAUUGGUUGGUGAAAUAAGUGACAUCCACAUGUGGGAUUAUGCCCUGACACCAGAAGACGUCCAUAAAGUCAUCUCUGGCAGACACAAUGGAAAUGUCAUUAAUUGGGUAUCUCUAUACUAUGAAAUCAAAGGGGAAGUUCUUGUCCAGCCCAGACUUCAGUGA